AUGCUCAUUGAGCGCGAACACAAGCGACUUCUACAUGCUGGUCCUCAAGCAUUAUUGGCUGCUAUUCGACAAAAAUAUUGGCCACUACGUGGAAGAGAUGUUGUUUGUAAGAUUUAUUAUUCUUGUGUCUGGUGUUCACGUCGCCAUCCUCAUGCCUCUUCACAACUGAUGGGUAACUUGCCAGCUGACCGUGUUACGCCUAGCAGACCAUUUUACAAUUGUGGUGUGGAUUUUGCAGGUCCUUUUAUCACUUUAUUAAGCAAGGGACAAGGUCGGAAAACUACAAAAAGCUACCUCGCUCUAUUUGUGUGUUUUGCUACAAAGGCGAUUCAUCUGGAAGCCGUCAGUGAUCUAAGCACAGAAGCCUUCUUAGCUACUUUAAAACGCUUCAUAGGACGUCGAGGUUGUCCGCAGAAAAUAUAUAGCGACAACGCUACUAAUUUUAAAGGUGCACAGAGCGAAAUCAGUGAAAUGUACACGUUUCUUCAGCAGCAAGUCAAGGGACCAUUACAUAAGAAGCUACUCAAAGAAGGUCUUCAAUGA